AUGGCAAAAUUUGACAUUGGGUGUUUAAUGAUACUGUUGGUCUUUAUUAAAAUUGGCGAUGGACAUUUGAAUGGUGCAAAUAUUGAGGAAGAACUCUUUAGACUGAAAAACAGAGUGGAACAACUUGAAGAUGCUACAAAGAAACAGUCCGACCAGCUGCUCACCUUACAAGAAACAGUUGACAAACUUCAAAAGACGACUCAACGACAGUCUGGAUUGAUAACCUACCUUCAGAAGAAAAAUCGGAAAUGUGGAAAGGCAAUGAAAAAACAAACAUUCAAGUUCGGGGACAGGGGGAUAAAUGGAGGCCAUGACAGUAGUGACUUUCACGUUGAAAAUUUGGCAAAUUGUUGCAGACAAAUGAAUUCUAAUAAACAGGAUGAAAAAGUUAUUAGACAAAUAUCAAAUCGCACUAAUAUGGAGUUGUCACAUGGCAAUCCCAAUGCUCGCAAAGAACGCCUUCUCUUGCCUUUAUCAACACCAGCAACUACCGUUGAGACUGUAGCCUUUUAUGCUUAUAUGACAUCACCUGCAACCAAUAUCGGUCCGCACCAUGUUCUGGUAUUUGAUGUUGUUAAAACAAAUGCUGGCAAUGGUUUUCAUCAAAAUACCGGCGUGUUUAUCGCCCCAAAAUCAGGGUUAUAUGUAUUCUACUGGAAUAUUCGAGUUUUUAACGGGCAGUACCAUUCUGUAGAACUUGUUGUCAACAAGGAUCAAGUUGGUGUCUUUUUUGAACAUUCCGCUAGUGGACAUAACUCACAAAGCGGAAAUCUUGCUGUUGUAUACGUAAACCAGGGAGACGAUGUGUUUGUGAGAACCCUUGCAAAUGGCCAUGUAGGAGAUGUAUACAGUGAUGGUUGGGGACAUUCAUCAUUUUCUGGUUGGCUAUUAUUGUAA